AUGUUUUUUCCCGCAGUGCUGAUUGUUGCCAGUUGGGGUUUGUUGGCUUCUGUAUCGGGGUCUCCCGCUGUGGAGGAAGCGUACAGAGCCGUGCUCAGCGUCGUGUCUCCAGGACAGCAUUAUCUGAACAGGGAAUCCCUCGGCUCUGUCUUUAAUACACUGGAGAAACGUGUGCAGUGUGGCGAAGUGUCGUGUGAAAAGUGUGAUCUAUUGGAUGCCUUUCACCAGCUGAUCAGCGAUCACUCCACCCACGGAGAGGAUGAAACCCAAACGGGCACAACCAGUGAGACCAUCAGUGUGUCUCAGUUCCCGGCUCUCGCUGCUGGAUGCGUCCUGUACCUCUCCUCCCCUGGUCGGGUCUGCAGCGCGGUGAGGCAGGGGACGUGGGGACAGGAGGCCCAACUCUUCCUACGCAGACACACACAUCAGGAUCACCACGAAGAGUUGAAGGUCCUGCUUCAAGAGCUUCACGACCACUAUGAGCCCUCAGACAGAGAGAGCUGUGUAACAGCUGUUGACAUCACAACAGAGGUCAACCCAUCGUCACCAGACCAGAGACAGGAAGUGGGUGCAGUUUUGGGCCGCGUCCUGUAUCACGCCUUGCAAGGUCACUGCUUCAUUAGCCGCCCCCUGCCGGAGGAGAGCUUCUUCCUGGAUUACAUCAUGGACCGUCUGGGGCCGGAGAACUUCACCGUCGAGGAUUUGGAGGCUUUCAUGAGGAGCCUGGACCUCGGACAACCCCCCAAACAUGAGCCCAAACACCAGGAAGACCAACACGCUGAUCACGAUCACAGUGGCUUCAGACGGAGGAAGAGGAGCAGCCUUGAACAUCGCGAGAGGCACGGAAGAAACGGCACCUGGAAUCAGUUCUGCGCCUCAGCCGAGGAGCUGGUCCUGAUCCACGGCCUGGCGGACAACGGCUCGGCCUCCUCGGGCCUGAGUCGGACGGACCUGGCUCGGCUCAGCCCGGCGCUCGUCCAGCAGAUCCUGAGCGGAGCGUGUGCGGACAUCACGGAGCCACCGACCCCAGACGGGCUCACCACGACUGAGAAAUACGUCUAUGCAACCAUUGCCAACAUGGUGAUAACACUGACGUCCAUGUUUGGCAUUGUGUUGCUGCUCUGCACCUCCUUCACCAGUGUGUUCCAGUUCUGUAUCCAGUUCUGCAUCAGCCUGGCUGUCGGUUCCCUGACUGGAGAUGCAUUACUCCACCUGACACCCAUGUUUUUAGGUUUGCAUUUGCACUCAGACAACACCGGCAGCCACAAGAACUCACACGCCCCGUACCGGGAAGAAACUCCAGACUACAUUUACAAGAUGUUGGUGCUUCUUGCCGGGAUCUACUACUUUUAUCUGAUGGAAACAAUCUUCUCUUUGGUGGCAUAUGAAGAUAAUCAUCACCAUCAUCAACACCAUCAUGGAGAAGAAUCAGAGCCCCAUCACUGUGACCAUGGGCAGGUUUUAGAGAUGUAUGAACAGGAGAGGAAACAAAAAGACAAGUCACAGUCGGCGUCGAAGGCCGACCUGGUCGGCAAUGAAGACGAUGAGAAAUCUCUUUCAGAGCCGAAAGAGCGCACCAGAGAACAGCGUCUGCUGCCUUACAUGAUAACUAUCGGCGACAGCAUCCACAACUUUGCAGACGGCUUGGCGAUGGGCGCCGCUUUCUCCCUGUCGUGGAAGUCCGGUCUGGCCACAUCGCUCGCCGUCCUCUGCCACGAGCUACCACAUGAACUGGGGGAUUUUGCCAUUUUGCUCCACAGCGGCGUGUCCGUCCGCAAGGCGUUGCUCCUGAACGUCGGCAGCGCCAUGACCUCGUUCGUCGGCCUGUACAUCGCUCUGUCUGUCGCCACUGACCUCGCCACCAAACAGUGGAUAGCGGCCAUUUCUGCAGGGCUCUUCCUGUACGUCGGGCUGGCUGACAUGCUCCCCACCAUGAUCCACAUCAGCAACAAGAAACCCUGGCUGAUGUUUCUGCUGCAGAACCUCGGCCUUCUGACCGGCUGGGGCACUCUGUUGCUGCUGUCACUUUACGAAGACAGAAUCAGCUUUUAAAGCAGACCAGCCGGUUAAAUGGGUUUAUUUUACUCGUGAUGUAAUCUAUGAAGAUCACGACUGGGUGUUUGUGGACAUUCCUCGUGAAUGACCGCGGUGAGACCCUCGGUCGUGUUGGCAUGAACAGCCUGGAGAACUAAU